GAGCUGGGAAGCUCCCUAUAUUUCCUGCCAUAUUUUCUGCUGCAUUCCCAGAGGACAGGCCGUGGGAGGUGAUUCCAGGGGGACUUGAGCUCUCCUCCCAAGGCCAUCUAUGGGGUGUGUAUGUACCGGGUGCCUGCUUGUGGGCUGCUCCAGUCACUCUUCCUCUAGGGCAGGGGAGCCAGAGCUGCAGAUUCUGGCCUCUGAGUGCUCACCGGCACCGGCUGGUGUUUAUUUGCCAGAGAUUGAUAUUCUUGAGGGAUGAUCCAUUUCACUAGGGCCAGGAAAACAACAGCUUGCAGGACUGUGGUUUCCCAGCACCGGCUGCAGGCAGCCUGGUCUGGCUGCUCCCAGGGCAUGCCCCACCCUGUGCACGACUGCCUGCCAUCCUGCCCCUGGGGGCAGCCUCCACCUCCCCCACCAUGGUCACUGCAGGACUGACCCUGUACACCUGGUCCCCUGGGCCUCUUGGGAUCAUAGCCCUGUCUGUGGCAGCCUCAACCCUCCUACCUGGCACGACUCCCCCAACUCCUCGCAGAGGUGCUCUUCUCUCUUCCCUCCCAGUCUGGAUGCUCAGAGUCAGCACCCCGAGUCCUUCUGCCUGUCCCCAAAGUCCUCAGCCUCAGGAUGUGACCCCAGCUGAGCCCAGGCCAGCUCACAGAGUGCCCCGGGGCAGGAGGCAGCCCCCCAGAACCCCCAUCCUGCCAUCCUGCCUCUUCUCCUCACUUCCUGCUCCCCCAGGCGGAGACAGACCUGUGAACCUCACGCCACCCUCAGCUCGUCUCUCCUGAAGCUGAAGCCCCUGCCCAGCCCGACCCCUUCUCCUGCCUGCCCGCCUUAGAGGACCCUGGUUUGCUCCACCAGCAUCUACCCUCGCUCUUUCCCCGGUGCCUCCGCCCACCGAUUCCUUCCUCCUCCUUCCCCCGCCCCACCCCCCUGCACUAAUAGGCUCAGUGUCUCGGGAAGGAUCCUGGGGCAAAUAACCACUUGGAGAGCCAAGGGGUGAGAGGUGCAGCUGGCGAUGCUGACAGAGAGCUGCGGGGACCCUCAGGAAAAGCCACAGGUGACCCAGGACUCAGGGCCCCAGAGCAUGGGGCUUGAGGGACGAGAGACAACUGGCCAGCCACGAGUGACCCUGCUGCCCACACCCAACGGCAGCGGGCUGAGCCAGGAGUUUGAAAGCCACUGGCCAGAGAUCCCAGAGAGGUCCCCGUGUGUAGCUGGCGUCAUCCCUGUCAUCUACUACAGUGUCCUGCUGGGCCUGGGGCUGCCUGUCAGCCUCCUGACCGCAGUGGCCCUGGGCCGCCUUGCCACCAGGACCAGGAAGCCCUCCUACUACUACCUUCUGGCACUCACGGCCUCGGAUAUCAUCAUCCAGGUGGUCAUCGUGUUCGCGGGCUUCCUCCUGCAGGGAGCCUUGCUGGCCCGCCAGGUGCCCCAGGUUGUGGUGCGCAUGGCCAAUAUCCUGGAGUUUGCUGCCAACCACGCCUCAGUCUGGAUCGCCAUCCUGCUCACAGUUGACCGCUACACUGCCCUGUGCCACCCCCUGCACCAUCGGGCCGCCUCGUCCCCAGGCCGGACCCGCCGGGCCAUUGCUGCUGUCCUGAGUGCUGCCCUGUUGACCGGCAUCCCCUUCUACUGGUGGCUGGACGUGUGGAGAGACGCCGACUCACCCAGCACUCUGGAUGAGGUCCUCAAGUGGGCUCACUGUCUCACUGUCUAUUUCAUCCCUUGUGGUGUGUUCCUGGUCACCAACUCGGCCAUCAUCCACCGUCUACGGAGGAGGGGCCAGAGUGGGCUGCAGCCCCGGGUGGGCAAGAGCACAGCCAUCCUCUUGGGCAUCACCACACUGUUCACCCUCCUGUGGGCACCCCGGGUCUUUGUCAUGCUCUACCACAUGUAUGUGGCCCCUGUCCACCGGGACUGGAGGGUCCACCUGGCCUUGGAUGUGGCCAACAUGGUGGCCAUGCUCAACACGGCAGUCAACUUUGGCCUCUACUGCUUUGUCAGCAAGACUUUCCGGGCCACUGUCCGACAGGUCAUCCACGAUGCCUACCUGCCCUGCACUUUGGCAUCACAGCCAGAGGGCAUGGCGGCAAAGCCUGUGAUAGAGCCUCCGGGACUCCCCAGAGGGGCAGAAGUGUAGAGAAAGGGGCCCAGCUGGGGAGCUCAGGGUGGCUCAUGGCCACAUGUACUGGGGCCUUUGAGGUUGUGCUCAAAAAACGUUUAUCAACACCUUGCUUUCCUUGGGUGGGGGUGAGGCUACUCGUUUGGGUGUGGCUCCCAGGUAGAGAGGAGGACAACUUAACCGAUGCUCACAUUUGCUUCACCAGCAAUCCCUAUUUCCUGGGAAGAUGAAAGGGCACUGCCAGGAACAGGCUAAUAACAUCAGUGCUGUGGGCAUUCCUUUAAGGGGGGCAUUUUGCCUGGCUCAUCAUGAAUGCAGAUACAUGUUGGUUGAACGGAUGGAAAAAUGGACAGAAGGAUGGAUGGAUGGAUGGAAGGAUGGAUGGAUGGAUGGAUGGAUGGAUGGAUGGAUGUGAAUUGUCUCCAGCCCACCCCCCUUUCCUGGUGCCUGUCUCUCAUUCCCUGAAUGGAUCACCUCUCCAGCUCCCAGUGGCAAUGCCAAGAGUUUGAAAAGGAAGAUAUCUUCAGGACUUAAAGCAUUUCUUAGGCUGGGGGAAUCAAAGAGGUUGAGCUGAGCAAUGGGAGGGGACUGCUUGGGGGACAAAAGCCCCCAGGGCCAGCCAGAAAGGGGUGAUCUUAAAUCAGAUGUGAGGAGCCCAGGCCCAUGUCUGUCCAGCCACAGGAGACACAGCCCCAUAGGUCUCAAACACGCUGGUUCGAUUCCACAUUACUCCCUGCCCUAAGCCAGAACAGGUUCAUGGGCCCAGAACCAGCACUGGGGCUGUAGUUUUUGUUGUUGCCAAUGAGGAGAAAGAAAAUGGUCCCUUAACCCAGGGUCCUAGGAGAACAGGAAAGGAGGACCUAGCUGGAGAUGACCCUGAGAUUCUGCUGAGCGACCCGAGUCCACACCCCUUGGGGAAAGGUCUUUUCCUCCACCAAUGGGAAGCGGGAGUUGGCAGAGCCGAUCAGGGCCAUGAGGAGCCCUGCUCAGCACCUCCAGCCUCUCCAGGGAACCUCUCCAGGGCCCCUCUCUCGUCUCAGCACCACCAUCCCAGAGAGGCAGCUGGGAGGCAUUAGCAGAUGGAACUCCCACCUGCUCAGGCUGUGGGUAAACACAUUAGCGCUCAGCCAGUACCACUUUCUGCUUCCUGGUCAGGCUGAGCUGACCUUUGUCCUGAAUGGGAGGUUCAGACCUGCCCCCACCCUCUUAGUGGGAUGACAUCAGUGAAAGAGCUGUUUGUGCUCCCAGCACACAGUCAAUGCAGAAUCAAUGCUCCCAGCACACAGUCAAUGCAGAAUCAAUGCUUGGCUUUCCACUUUGCCUCUCUGCUUCUCCCCAGAGCAGGGAUGUCCAGAUGGGGAGGUUCAGCUAACCCAGAAAGAGGAUAAUGUGGGUCUCCAAUGUGUUAGCCAUGAUUCUCAACUCCAAAAAGCUCUGAAAACCAAAACAUGUUUCCAAACUUUGCCACAAACACAUUUAGUGGCACAAUGUGACCUGAACUGAUGUGAGGUGAUUUUUGGUCCUGAUGUUGUCCUGUGAUUGUGAAUCCUGCCAGCCGCACCCGGGACUGCUAGUGGAGUGAUCAUGCACGGCUGUCCACAACCCACAGAUUGUGAUCGAACACACACCACUAGAUCCACACAGCACCUUCCUCUGCUCUGACAUAUUCUGAAUUCCAAGACACAUGUGGUGCCGAGUUCAGAGAAAGGAUUGAGGACCUGUAAACCCAACAUUUCUGCUCCAGGAUGGUCUACACUGACCCUGAGCAGUUGUUGAGGAUUGAGGAACCCCCGCUGCCCGCACCUCCAUGUGCACACACAGAUGUGUCCCCAGGCAGGGGACAAUGUCGGCCCCAGCCCAGCCUGAGCCUGCCCUACAGAAGCGGACACGAGAAGAAAGCACAAAGUUCCAUGGAUGAAGAACUAAAUAGAACAACCUGCAGGGACCCUGCAGGAGAGAACCCAGUAUCAGGGAAGAGCAUCUGUGUCUCCAUGGGUGGCAACAGCAGCUGGGUCUAGGCCAGAGACAGGAUGCCUUCCUCAGCUGUCUUGGGGGGCUGUCUUCCAGGAGGCCACCUGUAAGAUUGGCUCACCUGUCUCUGAGCACCAGUGAAACCAGGAACUUCCAGAAACUGUUGGGGAGGCUCUUUCAAGACACAGUUUUGUUUUGUUUUGUUGACAUGAAGUCUCACUCUGUCACCCAGUCGCUCAGGCUGGAGUGCAGUGGCGUGAUCUCAGCUCACUGCAACCUCCGCCUCCCGGGUUCAAGUGAUUCUCCUGCCUCAGCCUCCCGAGUAGCUGGGACUACAGGCGCCCACCACCACAUCCAGCUAAUUUUUGUAUUUUUAGUAGAGACGGGGUUCCACCACGUUGGCCAGGCUGGUUGAGACAAUUUUGCAUUGAGCCACCAUAACCCUGGUGUUAAUAUUCCUAUAACUUCACUUAUACCAACAGGCUAGGGCAAUAUCCGUGUUUUCAAACACCCCUGCAUCCGGAGUAUUGGAACUGUUUUACAAACUUAGGAAAUUGAGACAUAGAGAGAUUAAACGGUAUGCCCCUAGCCCAGAGCUGCUCAAGAGCAACGCUGAGACUCAAACCCAAGUCUGCUGGUUCCUGGUCCAUUGUCUGUUCCACCCCACACCUUGCAGGUGCUCUCAGAUGUAGAAGAUUAGAGGCAAAGAGGCAAAUCACUCUCGGGGAUCUUUUGCAUUGCUUAGAACUUUCUAGUGCUGGGCUUAUCAGAGUUGAGAAUCAGUAUCACAUUUUCCUAAUAAAAUGCAUUAGGUGAUCAGGCACAGUGGCUCACACCUGUAAUCUCAGCACUUUGGGAGGCAGAGGUGGGAGGAUCACUCGAGGUCAGGAA